AUGGCGAUAACGAAUCUUCUAGAUGAGGCAGAUCGGCACUCCGAAGCCAGUAUCCACGCCACUUCUAGGACAAAGGUCAUUUUUGUUGUCGGACUAUUCAUAAUUUCAUUGGCUGCAUUUGUAUGUCAAACAGAGUUCACUUCACAAGCAUAUAAACUAAGAUUCAGUGAGCCGAUUUUGCUAUUGGCAGUGACGCAUGGACUGUGGUGGCUCUUGUGGCCGUUUCAAGUGCUCUUUGUUUCUGCUUGGAGGACUAUCAGUAAAUUGAGCAAGCGGGACAAAUCAGUCAAGGUCAAUACUGCGAUGGGGAAUAUACAAUACCAAAGACUAAGUUCCACAUCAGGACUUCUCGAAGAACUGGAACAGCCACAACAGGAAGUCCCCAUACAGAAUAUCAACUAUUGGAGGUACUUCAAAAAGGCAAUUGUCAAACAGUUCCACAACGUCUACCACACCUCGGUGCUUAUCUACGAAGCUAAUGUCAACGACAACAAAUCAACAAAGCAUCUUAACGAAAUCAUUGAAAGCAAUGUCCACAUUUCAAACUCAUCUUCAAUAAGCGAUUGCGUUCGCACAUUUUUCCAAGCACCAGCCAUCAAACACAUUUUAUUCAGGACGCUGAUUGUAACGACCGUGCUUACCGUAGCUGGGUUCACGUGGUAUGGUGCCAUGUCAAUGACGUAUGCUGCUGAUGUGACUGCGAUUUACAACUGUUCCGCAUUCACUGCGUAUGCCUUUGCCAUUCCGCUCUUGAAUGAAAAGUUCUCUUGGUUGAAAGUGAAUUCGGUGAUUAUAGCAUUGGUUGGAGUGUUUGUUGUCUCGUACUCGUCUAGCAGUGGUGUUGGUGAUGCUGGAGGUGGUGGUGGUGAAAACCCCUACCCGUAUCGGUUCUGGGGUAAUCUCAUCAUCUUUGUUGGAGCGAUAUUGUACGGAUACUACGAGGUAUUGUAUAAGAAGUACCUUUGCAUACCAGCCCAUUUGUCCAAAAUCAUCACACCUAGGAGGCAGCUGACGUUUGCAAACUUCAUCAUGGGAAUAAUGGGAGCUUAUACAUUGGCGUUUUUGACACUUGUCAUUGCGUUUUUGCAUUUCACGCAUAUACACAGAGUCAAUUUUUUCAACUAUGGAGACAACACCAAAACCAUAUGGCUCUAUAUAUCUGGCUCGAUAGUCAGUAAUCUUUUAUUCAGUGCAUCGUUCUUGUCGUUGAUGGCAUUGACCAGCCCUGUCUUGUCCUCAGUCAGUUCCUUGACCACCAUUUUCCUCAUUGGUGUUGUUGAGUGGGUGGUUUUCGGAAAUGCGUUGGAUUUGCAACAGUUGAUUGGAGAUUCGUUUGUCAUUGUUGGUUUUGCCAUGUUGACUGUUGCUUCAUGGAAGGAAAUCAGCGAGGGCAAUGAAGAUGACGAUGUUGAGGCUGUAAGUACGUACUCUUUUGCCGUGAGCACUGACGGAGAUCAUUAG